AUGGCCGAGGAGACGAAGCCAGCGAGCCCCAACAACGACAUGCCUCCCACCAGCGCCCCCGAAGACGCCGAUACUCGAGCGGCGCGACGCGAGCUCAAACAACAUUCCAUCUCGGACCCUGUCGCUGAGGGCCCCAACGAUGAUGAUGGCCGUCCAGAAACACCCGCGGACGACGACGUUACCGAAGAACGCAACAACGAGCUGAAGGAGCAGCUCUCAUCACCCAAGAAGAAACGCGGCCAUGACCAGCUCGACCCCAUAAAGGACGAGGAGCCCAAGGACAACGACAGUGUCGUGUCUGCAGACUCUGCGAAGGAUAGAGCCUCGCGAUCAGAGCCUGAAAAGAAGCGACACCGCGACACAGAUGGCGAUGCUAACAGCGCCGAUGAGACAAAACCGGACCAGGACGAAAGCAAAACGGAGCCCAAGUCGGACCUCAAGACGGAGCCUAAAUCGGACCCUGAGACGGCAACUCAAGAAGACAACCCCGAAGUGACGAAAAAGGAGCCUCCGCAAACAUCAGCCAGUGCAUUUGCGGCGUCUGGCUUCGGCAAGCUUGCCGCUGGAACCUCCCCGUUUGCUGGACUUGUUGGCACCACUGGGAGCGCAUUUGGUUCACCGGGAAAAGCGCCGCUGGGAUCCUUUGCAUCGUCGAAGAAGACGGAGGCGCAAUCCCUUGCAUCGGCGCCAAAGCUGAGUUUCGGCGGCGCCACUGACGCAUCCCCAUUUGCUUCUGCGCCGCCACGAACUAACGGCUUUGGUGGCGGCCUUGGUGGAAGCGGAUUUGGUUCGGCGUCCGGCGUGAAGCCGUUGUCAAGUUUUUCUUCUGGUGCUUCAAAGCCCUUUCAGACUCAAAAGAGUGCCAAGCCCUUCGGGGCUCCGGAUAGUGAUGCUGAGGAAGAUGGAGACGAAGACAACGUCGACGAAGAAGAAGGCAAUAGCGGCGCGGAUAAGGACCGUGACGUCUUGUCAGAGAAGGACGACGACAAGUCUAAAGUAAAGCUACACAAGGUCGACGUCGAUGAUGGCGAAGCCCGCGAAAUCACCAUUUUGUCUGUCAGAGCAAAGAUGUUUGUUCACGAGAAUGACGCUUGGAAGGAGCGCGGAGCUGGCAUGCUAAAAAUUAACGCACCUAAAUCGUGUGUGGAGUUUGACGAUAAUAAUGUUGUUGUCCCCGGAUCUUUUGAUGCGUCAGCGUUGGAUGAGGAAGACGGCGACGAAGACUCCGCCAAGGUUGUUCGCCUGCUGAUGCGCCAGGAUCAAACGCAUCGCGUCAUUUUAAACACUGCCAUCAUCUCCGCCAUGAAGUUCCAAGAAAAAACCUCGCUAAAGUCAACAUCAAUUCUCUUCACAGCAUUCACUGGCGAUAGCGCGACGCCAAUGCUGGUCACAAUGAGAAUGACGGCUGCCAAUGCCAAAUUAUUCCAAGCGGAAGUAGAAAGCGGCAAGCUAGACCGAGGGAGAGGACAUGGAUUAAAAACUGGAGUUUUACACGCCAGGGCUAUACAAUACCAAAUUGUAUACGAGCUUCUACACGUGAUUUGGCGCCAGCGACGUGAACCCUUAAAUUGA